AUGGCGAUCAGGACUUUCCUGAUCAGCUGCUCAGUCAUCGCCAUUUUCACCACUAUCGGUAUUGUGCUGUCGGUAUUGUUUGAAUCGCUGCGCUUUUUCCAGGCGGUGCCUUUCUUCGAUUUUAUAUUUGGCCUCGAGUGGUCACCGCAAACAGCCAUUCGCUCAGACCAGGUCGGAUCAUCAGGUGCUUUUGGUGCAGUGCCACUGUUUGCCGGCACCUUCCUGAUCACCUUAAUUGCCAUGCUGAUUGCCGUGCCGUUUGGCUUGAUGUCCGCAAUUUACCUAUCGGAGUAUGCAGGCCACAAAGUCAGAACCUAUGGCAAGCCCUUACUCGAAAUACUCGCGGGCAUCCCCACCGUGGUGUACGGAUUUUUCGCGGCUCUGACCGUGGCACCGAUGAUUCGGCAAACUGCAGAGAAAAUAGGCUUUGAUGUGUCCAGCGAAAGUGCACUGGCAGCAGGGAUCGUCAUGGGAAUCAUGAUUCUGCCGUUCGUAUCAUCCCUGUCGGAUGAUGUCAUCAACGCCGUACCACAGUCGAUGCGCGAUGGUUCCUACGGGCUCGGUGCCACGCGAUCAGAAACCAUUCGCAAGGUGAUUUUACCUGCCGCGUUGCCGGGUAUUGUAGGCAGCGUUCUGCUUGCCGUUUCGCGAGCGAUUGGCGAAACCAUGAUUGUGGUCAUGGCCGCCGGCUUAUCGGCGAAUUUGACCGCGAACCCGUUUGAAUCUGUUACCACCGUAACGGUUCAAAUCGUCACCUUGCUGGUCGGUGACCAGGAAUUCGACAGCCCCAAAACUCUUGCAGCAUUUGCUCUGGGCCUGAUGCUAUUUGUCAUCACCCUUGCACUGAAUGUCUUUGCGCUACACGUGGUCAGAAAAUACAAGGAGCAAUACGAAUGA